AUGACGGGCAUUGCCCGGGGCAACCAAUGCAAAGGUGACAACGUCAUGCUCGGUGCAGCUAUCGAUAGCUCGAAGCAGCCUCUGACGAAGUAGCACCAAAGGGCACUUCUCGUGUAGGCGUGCAUGGCUGCAGCUACGGGAGGAAUUGAGCUCAAGUUGCACACGAAUUACUUGCGUACACUUUCCAGUAGUGAGGGAGGUUGAGUUUCAAUUCAUGUGCUGCACUGCUCGAGUACGAAGUACACGUCUAUCUACGCGUUUUUUUUAAAUCAGGAUUUACAAAUGCAUUGAGCAUUAAAACAAAAACUAUUGGAUCAUACCGAAUUCAUCGUCAUUUUCGUUUUUGUUCACGCAGCGCUAUCGUAGUUGCACCUUUUCAAAAGCGAGCUAAUAUCAACUUGAUGGUAGAAGCCAUUCAAGAGGACAUUGCAUUCAGAUAAGGUUGCGACUGUGCGCGACAUCGGGG